CCCUCCCCCGGAGUCGGUGGUUAAGGGCUGCUAGGCUGCCCGCACAAUCCAACAUGGAGUAGCGAGAGAUGGGGCUCUAGCGGGGCCACCCCUCGGAAUAUCAACUUUCGAGGCCACUGUGUUCUGUACACGCAACUGGUUGGCUCGCGAAGAACAGCAGAGAAAGGAGGCAUCUAUUCCAGGCGAAGACUGAAGCAGAGCUACAAUCACACAAAGGCUGGGGAAAGAUAUGCGGAAUUGAAUGGAUGUAGGAGAUAGGUGCUAAAAAUGACGGACAUAAAGUAUGCACCCGCUUUGGGAUAUUAUUUUCGGUGAAACGCGAAAAUGAUAGAGGAAACACACCCAAACGAUGACAGCUACAUCGUGCGUGUGAAAGCAGUGGUGAUGACGCGAGACGACUCGAGUGGGGGCUGGCUGGCCCAGGAUGGGGGGGCUCUGUGCAGGGUCGGCGUGUGCAGGGUCUUUCCCCAGGAGCUGUCCCCCGCCCUCCCCCUGCCCCUGUCCCCCGCCAGCCGAAACCACUUCCUCAUCCACGGAGAGCGGGACAAACAGGUAAUACUGGAGUGUCCCCUGAGGAAAGAUCUGGUCUACACUACGGCCACGCCCACCUUCCACCAUUGGAAGGUGGAGGACAGGAGGUGUGGCCUGUCCUUUCAGAGUCCAGCCGAUGCCCGCGCCUUUGACCGGGGAGUACGCAAAGCCAUAGAGGAUCUUGCAGAAGGCUCAACAACCUCUUCAACGCUCCAAAAUGAAGCAGAACUGGGCGAUGACGAUGUAUUCAUGAACACCACAGACAGCUCCUCAAACUCCUCUCAGAGGCUGGAAACGUCACUGCAGCUGCUGGACUCCUCCCCUCUCCCCCACCGCCACAACUUCGUCUUGGGACAUCGCCACGACCUCCACGACCCCUACAGGUUCUCACCUGACCACUACUUCCAGGAUCAGUCCCUGUCCCGGGUCCCUCGUCACGUCACCUUCCAGGAAGACGAGGAGAUCGUACGCAUCAACCCCCGCGAGUGCACCUGGGGCCACGUGUCCGAGUCCCGCACGGGCCGCCUCGCUGAGCGCUCCACGGUCACGGGCUACGAGGACUACCGCCACGCCACCGUGCGCGACAAGUUCAUCCACCCGGACGACAUGGAGUCCUACGUGGACUUUUCCAAGAGCGAGACUCACAAACAUGACUAUAACUACCCCCUGGCGCCCGCCGCCCUCACAAACUCAGACUCGGACCCCGCCCUCGGACCCUAUGCCGGUAAGGGCCACCUCGACGGUGGUCACGGCUUCGGCUCCGUGGUCUCCAGCCAGCCACGCCCCCUGCUUCCUGGCUCCUCCUCCAAUAACGGCGACAAGGGCCGGAUAGGCAACGGGGCGGAGCGCGCCCACUGCGAGUACUGCGGAGAGACGUUCUUCCGCACAGACAACAGGCGAGGCGGGUGCCAGGACGCCCCAGACCCGGUGCGGGCGUUUAUCCGGCGCGCCAGCUGCAUGUGGCUGGCGGACACCCUGCUGUACCACUGCAUGUCGGACCCCGAGGGGGACUACUCCGAUCCCUGCUCCUGCGACGGAGGCGACGGCGGCGGGGGGCGCCUGGGCACGCGCUGGGCGGCUCUGCUGGGGCUGUCUCUGGUGGCGCCGUGCCUGUGCCUCUACCCGCCGCUUCACGCGUGCCACAGGGCAGGACUGGCGUGCGGGUGCUGCGGGGGCAGGCACAAAGCCGCGUGGUGACCCGGUUGGGCCGGGAAAAAACACCCCUGAACGCUAAAUACACCCCAACCCAAACACCAGCACAGGGGGGAGAGGGGAAGGGAGGGAGGGAGGCAGAGUGCACCGGAAAACGUAGGGAGUGUGUUCUUUCAUCCGGUCAGGGUUUUUUUUUUUUUUUUUUAUUCCAAAA